AUGCGCGGUUUAUCCUAUACACCACUCCUGGCAUUGCUUGCCCCAGAGAUCAAUGCUCUGUCUCUUCAUAAACGCGAUGAUCCGGCUGUGCUUGGGCUGCCUGUCCAGCGUCACCGAACAUCGGCCGAGUCUUUACGAAAAAGGGACUCCACGCUCGACGUGACAAUUACAAAUGCAGAUGCAGUUUUGUACGUUGUCAACGUGACACUCGGGACCCCGCCGCAGGAGUUUUCUCUCCAACUGGAUACUGGUAGUAGUGACCUGUGGGUGAAUUCUGCUGGAAACUCUACUGUUAAAGCGCCCGCAUUUGAUUCUAGCGCUUCGUCUACCUACACCAAGUUGGAUGUUGUUCUCAAUGACACAUAUGCCGAUGGAUCGUCUGCGAUUGGUCCGUAUGGGACCGAUACUCUCAAGCUUGGGGGUGUGACCCUCAAGGACUUUGAGUUUGGUAUUAACGAAACUCCCUUUGAAGAACCGGUCCCCGGUGUUUCUGGAAUUGCCGGAAUAGCAUACAAGGUAGUCGAAGCUGCGGCUAUUGCCAAAAACCCCUACAAUAAUCUGCCUUACGCUCUCGCCGAAAAAGGGGUCAUAAAUUCAGCCGCCUACAGUCUGUGGCUGAAUGAUAUUACCUCAGAGUCCGGCACCAUCCUGUUCGGUGGCGUCAACAAAGCCAAGUACAUUGGUGACCUCCAAACUCUGCCAAUCAUUUCAGUUAACGGCGUACACCAAGAAUUGGCCGUUGCUCUGAGCGAUGUAUCAGGUCAAAGUAGCUCUGGAUCCAUUAGCUAUGCAGACGGCUUGCCACUGCCAGUGAUACUCGAUAGUGGCACCACUCUCACAAUGCUACCAACAGCCAUAGCCAACAAAAUCUUCGAUGAUGUAAAAGCAAUCUACAAUACCACACUCAGUGCAUCGUUUAUUGAUUGUGAAGCGGGCAAACAAGAUUACAAUCUGACUUACAGUUUCUCUGGUGCGAGUAUCAGUGUUGGCAUUAAUGAACUGGUUGCGCCCGACCCUCAGCACCGAUUACCAGAGGGUGUUUGUAUCUUUGGAAUUGUGCCAACGGAUAACAACGCCGAGAUCCUUUUGGGAGAUACCUUUCUCCGCAGCGCCUAUGUCGUAUAUGAUCUUGAGAAUAAUGAAAUUUCCAUUGCCAACACCAAUUUCAACCCUGGCGAAGAUGAUAUUCAUGAGAUCGGCAGUGCUACCGGCGUACCAGUACCAGGUGCUACUCCAGUUACUUCUGCCAUUUCCACCUUUGCUGUGCAAACGCCAUCCAGCAGCGCUGUUGUGUCGAGAACAAGUCCAGUAGGAACUGCAACUGCGACAGGAUCGGCCACUGUGACGCAGACGGGCACUGCCAGUGCGACGCCUUCCACUGGAAUGGCAGCGAUUUCGUCCAUAAAUGCCGGAUAUCUUCUCUGGGGCCUUGCGGGUGCUGGUCUUUUCAUGGUGUAA